GUUAUACAGCUUUCACUUCCCAUCUGAUUCCAGUCUUGCUGCAUUUUCAUGAAGCAUUUUUACGCUGCUUUUCAGGUUAACUGAACAAUCUAGUGGGCAUGUAGCUGCAAAGCUCUACCUUUGUAUCUGAUAUCCUGGAAGGACAACUCACUGCCUUACACAAAGGAGAAGAAAAAAAAUACAUUCACAAGUUGAUGACCACCAAACAGGUUCAUCAUUCAUCUAACUGUUUGAAAAGCUAUUGUAUUUCAACAUGAACCGGUCUAAAGCACUUGGGAAGAUCAAGAAAAGAAUUGAGGAGGCCAAAAACCGGUGGGCCAGAUUGGGCAAGGCGGACUAUAGCUACAAUGAGAGCGCGCGCUUGGCCACUGACGCUCUUCUGGACGAAGGGAAGGAUUGCUACCAAAAAGUUCUAAAGGAUGAAGGCGAAGUGGAUUUUUUCUCUAAUACGGAGGUCCAGUUCAUCGUGGACAAUGUUAAAGAGCCUUACUAUGCCAAUGAAAAUCACAAUGAAAGUGAAAAUGGAUUGGUGCAAAAUGGGAACCAUGAGCAGAAAUCUGAAAGCUUCUACCCCAUUAAUUCUGGCGACAGCGAUCCCACAACGCCGCUGCACAACUGGAGCUCAGAGGACAAGCCGUAUCUUAAGGAUAAGUCCAGCGCCACUGUCUACUUCCAAUCCGACAAGGCCAACAUCAGGGAGACCAUUAGGAGGAGCAUACAUCGAACAAGCCAGGUUCUCGCUAUAAUGAUGGACGAGUUCACGGACGUGGAGAUUUUCUGCGACAUUUUGGAAGCGGCUAAUAAAAGGAACGUUUUCGUCUACCUGCUUCUGGAUGUCACCAAACUGCAAAGCUUCAAAGAAAUGUGUGAGAAAUUGCAGGUUGUGGAGAUACAUCUCAAGAAUAUUUGCGUCAGGAGCGUAACUGGCGAUGUCUACUGUGCGAAAUCCGGCAAGAAAUUCUUUGGUCAGAUCCAUGAAAAGUUCAUCAUAUCGGACUGGAGAUGUGUCCUAUCAGGAACAUACAGCUUCACGUGGCUUUCUGGGCAAGUCCACAGAAACCUUUUGUGCAAGUUUUCUGGACAUGUGGUGGAGUUAUUUGAUGAAGAGUUUAGACAUCUAUAUGCCACAUCCAAACCAGUGAUGGGAUUGAAGUCCCCAGCUCCAAUGGCGCCAGUCUUGAGAAAGGAUAAUGAGAAAGGGGCAAUGUCAGACACCAGCACCCAGGAGAGUAAAAACACAACUUCAGAACCUUUUAGUGGGUCAUCCAGUAUUUCCCACACAUCAGAACCACCUGUAUCUCCUACAUCCAUCACUCCAGUUCAAUCCCCUGUGCUAUCUUCAGUGACAUCCCCCGUGCUAUUUCCAGUGACAUCCCCCGUGCUAUCUCCAGUCACAUCCCCCGUGCUAUCUCCAGUCACAUCCCCUCUGCAGCGCAUUAAUUCUUUCCAUGGCUACUCCUCUCUUCGAACUCCCCCAACGCCAACCAACUACCAACAAAACUACUUCCAGAGAAGCUACCAACCUGAGUCCCCAACCCACGCGUUCAACAAUAAUAACAACAUCUACCGCUCAUUCAGGACCCGCAGAGAAGACUUUUUGAGCUCCAGGUUUACUCAAGGGUGGAGAUUUUUUUCUAAACCCACAAUGACCUAAAAAAUGCCGCUACUUGCUAUGCACUGGUACAAAUAAUGCACUAAACAACUACAAACUCCAGUAGUAAAAUGAAAAUUAAUAAAAAGGGUGUAACAAUAUAUAAAAGGAAAAAAAUGCUUUUAUUAAAAAGGGAACACUGUACAUGAACAAGUGGAUAACAUUUUUUUAAAUGUCAUAACUCACCCUACUAAACAGGGAGCCCAACCAUGACCUUCGCUUCCCUAAUAAGUACGGUACCAAGAAAAACUGUUGGCCAUUUGCAGGUUUUAUGAGUAAAAGUAAAAAUGACAUGACUCCUACUAAUAUCUUUGUUAGAUAAAGAUAAAAUCGAAACCUGACAGUUUCUCAAACCUGCUAUACAGAUAAAAAAAACUUCAAAAUGUCUUCCAUCACUUAUUGGAGAAAUCAAAAUCUGCCUCUUCUACUCCGUACUGUUCCAUUACUGUGAUGGGCAAUCUCAUCGACCACCCACCUAACUUCACCAGGAAUGUUGUUCUGUUUCAAAUGUCGCUUUAUACAUAGACAUACCUCCUUAGACCCAGUCUACCUGGACAGGUCCUCUGCAGACUUGGCGCUAUCCACAGACAGCUUAACUCUUCAAUAAGACGCUGAAUCCAAUGCAUUUGAACUUCAGCUAAUUGCAGUACAGAUGAUGUAUUUCCAGUCCUUUGAAGUGUAAGAAGAUAAUGACUUUCCUAAGCCCUGUCUCUUCAAAGUACUAACAUUGACUGAGGGAACAUGGAAGUUAGGAGCAGGUCUAGCUAGGACUGAACUAACUAGCAUUAAACAGAAAAAAAUACUUAUAAAUGGGACAGAACAAAUGUGUAAGUUUUAGGGCUCCUUGUGGCGUAUUAAAAUGGUUGUAGGUGUGCACAGGGACCUCAGGGUACUUGUAUUUUAUAUAAAUGUGAUUAUUUAAGCAGUGUUGACAACCUAACAAGUCUAGUUUAAUGGCAAGCUAUUAUGGUUUUUGGCUAUUUUUAAUGUUUGGUUUUUGGCUAAUUUUAAUGUUUACAAGUGUAGAAACUGAUCUUUAUGAUUUUUUUUAUUGCUUGUAUAAAUUGUUUAUGAUACAAAAAAACACCUAAUACUGGGGGGCAUACAUGACAUUUAGGUUGCAAGGCAUAUUGGGCUAUCUAAUAAAAAGCUCAGUACUGUCAGCAAGCUUGUUUAUUGCCUUUAUCUAACUGAAGAUCUAUACAGGUUUCUUUGAGCUAGUAGACAAAGGGGGUUAUUUACUAAAGGCUGUGGCGUUUGCUAGGGGGUGGCUUUUAGAACAAAACCCCCGAAUUUGGGGCCCAAAGCCCAGAGUCUAAAUUUUUUAGGCCCAAGCAUAAACUGGAAAAUGUAUUUAAAAAAAAAAGACAUUAUCCCUUAAUACCCUUAAUCAGUAUACAGUAUAUGCAAUGCUCCUGUACAUAUUAAACAGUUAAUCAAUUGAUAUUACCAGUUAUCUGGAGUUGUUCUUAAAACUUGAACAUUUAGUGAAUACUGUGUAUUGCUGUUACACUUUGUAAGCAUUGGCAUCAGGAAGUAUUGUGAAAUGACUAGUAAAGUUACUUCUUUUUGUAUUUUGUAUAACGCACAUUUGUUUAUUUGCUAGCAGUUUACGGCAUCACCGUUUUUUGUUCCUUAAGUCCGUUAGUGUUCUGGGUCAUGUUGUAAACAGUGUAAGAUUACAUUUUUGCUGCUUAUUGGAUGUUGAUGGUCAAGGGUCACCACACAAGGGCUAAGAGUUACAAGUGGUGUACCCAGCCAUGGUAUGACUUGCAAAGACUACCUGUCCAUACAGGGUAUCUCUAGUGAGUUUUACCCCAUGUUGAGCAUCCACAUUUCUAUGGAUGUUGGGGAAAAAGACUAUACAUUUUCUUAUUUUUCCCAUCUACCAAGUUGGAGGAUAGAGUACUACCUGAAAGGCCACAAAGUUGAGGACAAGCACAUAUUUUACUACUCCUCAUUGCAAAUAAUACAUUUGACAACAAAACAACAGGUUCACCUAACUGCCACCUUUUCAGCUGCAUAUGCUUACCUUUACUUUUUUGCCUACCUGUUGCUCUCUUAGCCCCUUGAAGUGAUUAGAAAAGCUAUGCGAGUUUGCUGUGGUUGGAGUUUACUCAAGAUUAAGGACUUUCUCCCCACCGUCAUGUGUCGAGUGGUGGUCACUCCAUGGAAGGAAGGGGAGUGAGUAACAUGGUUUUCAUAAAGGGAAGCAACAUGAAUUUCACUUUGCUUGAAGGGUUACGUUGGGGGGAGGGGCAAAAUUAAGGUAAGUAACUCCAGGGGUAACAGUUAAGUGGACGCGUUGCUUUGCAUUGCAUGUACACGGCAUGGGUUCACUUUACCAAAUGUGAUAGCAGUUCCCCUGGUGAUGUAUUAUGUAGUUUACUGUUCUGUCUGGAAGUGUAAUAGAAGGUGAAAACUGAACAUGCUGAAUGGCUGCACUGACACUGCAUUAACUGUUGAUUAUUUUUAAAUAAAAUGUACAUAUUAUAUAAAUUA